AUGGAGUCGGUAAAACAAAGGAUUUUGACCCCUGGCAAGGAGGGAUUGAAAAAUUUUGCCGGAAAAUCUCUUGGUCAACUCUACAGAGUCCUAGAGAAGAGGCAGAAGCCCGGGGACACCAUCGAAUUGACGGAAGAUGGGAAGCCCAUGGAAAUGCCCGAGAAGAAAGCCCCGCUUUGCGACUGUACCUGCUUCGGGCUGCCCCGGAGGUACAUCAUUGCCAUCAUGAGUGGACUGGGAUUCUGCAUUUCCUUCGGGAUCCGAUGUAACUUGGGAGUGGCCAUCGUGGACAUGGUCAAUAACAGCACCAUACACCGAGGAGGAAAAAUUAUUAAAGAGAAAGCGAAGUUUAACUGGGAUCCUGAGACGGUUGGCAUGAUCCACGGCUCGUUUUUCUGGGGCUACAUUAUCACCCAGAUCCCUGGAGGGUAUAUCUCGUCCCGACUGGCAGCCAACAGAGUAUUUGGUGCUGCCAUACUGCUGACAUCCUCCCUCAACAUGUUGAUACCAUCUGCAGCCAGGGUGCAUUACGGGUGUGUCAUCUUUGUCAGGAUCCUGCAGGGCCUUGUAGAGGGGGUCACCUACCCUGCCUGCCAUGGGAUUUGGAGCAAGUGGGCCCCCCCAUUAGAAAGAAGUAGGUUAGCAACCACUUCCUUCUGUGGUUCCUAUGCAGGAGCUGUUAUUGCAAUGCCUUUAGCUGGGAUUCUAGUGCAAUAUACGGGGUGGUCUUCGGUGUUCUAUGUGUAUGGGAGCUUUGGUAUAGUCUGGUACAUGUUUUGGCUUUUGGUUUCGUAUGAGAGUCCUGCAAAGCAUCCCACAAUCACAGAUGAAGAAAGGCGAUACAUAGAAGAAAGCAUUGGAGAGAGUGCCAACCUACUAGGUGCAAUGGAAAAAUACAAAACUCCAUGGAGAAAGUUUUUUACAUCUAUGCCAGUCUAUGCAAUAAUUGUUGCAAACUUCUGUAGAAGCUGGACUUUCUACUUGUUACUUAUUAGUCAGCCUGCUUACUUUGAGGAAGUAUUUGGAUUUGAAAUAAGCAAGGUGGGUAUCUUAUCUGCUGUGCCACAUCUAGUGAUGACAAUUAUUGUCCCUAUUGGGGGACAAAUUGCCGACUUCUUAAGAAGCAAACAAAUUCUUUCCACCACCACUGUGAGAAAGAUAAUGAACUGUGGAGGUUUUGGUAUGGAAGCAACUCUUCUUCUUGUGGUGGGAUAUUCUCACAGUAAAGGAGUGGCUAUUUCAUUCCUAGUGCUUGCUGUAGGCUUUAGUGGAUUUGCCAUAUCAGGAUUCAAUGUCAACCAUUUAGACAUUGCCCCAAGGUAUGCCAGCAUAUUAAUGGGGAUUUCUAAUGGAGUCGGGACCUUGUCUGGAAUGGUAUGCCCUAUAAUCGUGGGAGCAAUGACAAAGAACAAGACACGUGAAGAGUGGCAGUAUGUCUUCCUCAUUGCUGCUUUAGUUCAUUAUGGAGGUGUUAUAUUCUAUGGCAUAUUUGCUUCAGGAGAGAAACAACCCUGGGCAGACCCUGAGCAGACAAGCGAAGAGAAAUGUGGCUUCAUUCAUGAAGAUGAACUAGCUGAAGAGACAGGGGACAUUACUCAAAAUUAUGUAAAUUAUGGUACCACCAAGUCGUAUGGUGCUACAACCCAAGUCAACGGUGGCUGGCCUAAUGGUUGGGAGAAAAAAGAGGAAUUUGUACAACAGGAAGUACAAGACUCAUACAACUACAAGGAAGGAGAUUAUUCAUAA